CGGGGCGACGCGCGCCGCUUCCCGUCGGCUGCCUGCUGCUCGGCGCCCGCGCCCCGUGUACAGCCGCUCUUGCCGGGCCGCGCGCCGUCGCACCUGCCCUUCGCCAGGCGCCCUCAGGAGCCGCCGUUGCUGUUGCAGUGCCGCCGCCGCCGCCCAGGCAGGAGCGCCGCGCGCGCCCGGGAAUUGCCAGUAGCGCCUCCAGACCGACGAGAGACGAGCGAGCCCCGCCGCUGGCCUGCGGGAGGGGCCGGGCGGUGGCCCCGUCGUGCCGGAAAGAGGGCGAGGCGCCGCGGAGUCCCGAGUGGAGCCGGGCGCGGAGGAGCUAGGACGGCCGGGGAGCCAGCGCUGCUGGGCGAAGCGGGCGGUGCCAUUUCUGGGCGAGGGAGACGGGCGGCCAGCAUGAAAGAUGCAGGUGAAAGAUAGGAUGGUGGUGGGCAAGGUGAGCAUGUAUAGCCCAAUCCUGGCCUGCUGGCAGCCCAUUCUCAUCUUGAUGUUGGGAUCCAUCCUCUCAGGCUCUGCCACUGGUUGCCCACCCCGCUGUGACUGUUCUGCCCAGGAGCGCUCGGUGCUGUGCCACCGGAAGCGGUUCCUGGCUGUCCCUGAGGGCAUCCCCACAGAGACAAAGCUCUUGGACCUGGGGAAAAACCGCAUCAAGACUCUCAACCAGGAUGAAUUUGCCAAUUUUCCUCACUUGGAGGAGCUGGAGUUAAACGAGAACAUUAUCAGUGCCAUUGAGCCGGGGGCUUUCAAUAACCUUUUCAACCUCAGGACUCUGGGUCUCAGGAGCAACAGGCUCAAACUCAUCCCACUCGGGGUGUUCACUGGACUCAGCAAUCUCACCAAGUUGGACAUUAGCGAGAACAAAAUUGUGAUCCUCCUGGAUUAUAUGUUCCAGGACUUGUACAAUCUGAAGUCUUUGGAGGUUGGGGACAAUGACCUGGUCUACAUCUCCCACCGGGCCUUCAGCGGCCUCAACAGCUUAGAGCAGCUGACUUUGGAAAAAUGCAACCUGACGUCCAUCCCCACAGAAGCUCUCUCUCACUUACACGGUUUGAUUGUGCUGCAGUUGCGCCACCUGAACAUCAACGCCAUCAGGGAUUACUCGUUUAAGAGGCUCUACAGACUCAAGGUCCUGGAGAUUUCACACUGGCCCUACUUAGAUACCAUGACCUCCAACUGCCUCUACGGGCUGAACUUGACAUCCUUGUCCAUCACCCACUGCAACCUGACUUCCAUCCCUUACGUCUCCUUGAGGCACUUGGUUUAUCUCAGGUUCCUGAACCUGUCCUACAACCCCAUCACCACUAUCGAAGGCUCCAUGCUUCACGAUCUACUCAGGCUUCAGGAGAUACAGCUGGUUGGUGGCCAGCUCACCAUGGUGGAACCGUACGCUUUCCGGGGCCUGAACUACUUGCGCAUUUUGAACGUUUCAGGGAACCUCCUGAGCACCUUGGAAGAGUCAGCCUUCCACUCCGUGGGGAACCUGGAGACUCUCAUCAUAGACAACAACCCUCUGGCCUGCGACUGCCGGCUUCUCUGGAUUUUCCGCCGCCGCUGGAGGCUCAAUUUCAACAAGCGCCAGCCCACCUGUGCAACCCCUGAAUUUGUCCAAGGCAAAGAGUUCAAGGAUUUCUCUGAGGCACUCCUGCCCAACUACUUCAUCUGCCGCCGGUCCCGGAUAAGGGACCGCAAGCCCCAGCAGAUCUUUGUGGACGAGGGCCACACGGUCCAGUUCAUCUGCCGGGCGGAUGGAGACCCACCUCCGACCAUCAUGUGGCUCUCGCCGAGGAAGCACCUCAUCUCUACCAAAACCAAUGGGCGGCUCACUGUCUUCCCUGAUGGCACUCUUGAGGUGCGCUAUGCCCAGAUCCAAGACAACGGCACCUACCUAUGCAUCGCCAGCAAUGCAGGCGGCAAUGACACCAUGCUGGCCCACCUGCACGUCCGCAGCUACUCCCCCGACUGGCCCCACCAGCCCAACAAGACCUUCGCUUUCAUCUCCAACCAGCCCAACGAGAGUGAUGCCAACAGCACGCGACCCACGGUGCCUUUCCCCUUUGACAUCAAGACCCUCAUCAUUGCCACCACGAUGGGCUUCAUCUCCUUCCUGGGGGUCGUCCUCUUCUGCCUGGUGCUCCUCUUCCUUUGGAGCCGGGGCAAAGGCAAUACCAAGCACAACAUUGAAAUUGAGUACGUCCCGCGCAAAUCCGAUGCCGGCAUCAGCUCUGCCCCGGAUGCGCCACGCAAGUUCAACAUGAAAAUGAUCUGAGGAAGGGAGAGGGAGAGGGAGCAAUGGCUGGAACUCAGUAAUGAGAGGCGUGUGUGUGUUUUUUAAUAAAAAAGAUUUAAUAAUAAAGAGAUCCAGUUCAAGAAACAUGCAAACCUCUCUUCUCUCCACCCAGCUGCCCACCCUCCUUCUGUGGCCCACAAUCCUGAAUCACUUCCCUCUUGACCUCUUUGGGGGGGUGGAGGUGUUCUGCCGACGUCUCCAGAACUUCCCAUGUUUGUAGGACCUACUCUGACAGACUCCGGUGUCAAUCCUAACAAUGACAGGAAAUGCAACAAGAAUUCAAAACAACAAUUGAUUUAAAAAAGAAAGUUACGAACUUCCUCUGUAACUUUGAUUUCAAUAAUUAUGGAUUUUUAUGAAAACUUGAAAUAAUAAUAAAAAACUAUUUCCUAUAGAUAGUUGGAAUGCAAAAUCUUGACUUCUUGAUCUGUCCACUUUCAUUUCUGGCUUUUGCUUGCUUUACUGUUAUUUUUAAUGCUUCUCUAGGAUUGGCUCUGAUUGACCUGGGGUUGCAAGCAGAUGCAAAAAGGAGGCCUUGCUCCUGCACCUUCAAUAGCAAAGGGCAUCGCUUCCAGUGCUGCUCUUAUACCUUUCUGUCUAUGCACUAUGCAAGGUGAGGUGGUUAAUCAAAGCGAUAACAUUUCAGGCCCUGCUACCUCUGACUGCAGAUGGGGACAUCCUGUUU